CCUGGCCAAGAAGAAGAUCUAUCCGACGCUCUGGUGGCUGUUCAGGGAUGGGUUGCUCCCGGAGGACACGCACGUUGUGGGGUUUGCCCGCUCUGCGCUGACGGUGGACGCCGUCCGGGCGAAGGUGCAGCCGUACCUGAAGGCCACGGAAGGCGAGCUGGACAAACUGGACUCCUUCUUCCGCCGAAACACCUACCUGCAGGGCAAGUACGACGAGCGAGCCAGCUUCGAGCGGCUGGAUGGCCACAUCGCCUCCCUUCCCCAGGGCGACAGAGCCAACCGCCUCUUCUACCUAGCUCUCCCGCCCAGCGUGUACGUGGACGUCACCCGGAACAUCAAGGAGGCUUGCAUGGGCAAGGGGGGUUGGAACCGUGUCAUAGUGGAGAAACCCUUUGGGAAGGACCUGGAGACCUCAAACAAACUGGCCGAACACCUCGCUUCGCUCUUCAGGGAGGACCAAAUCUACCGCAUCGAUCACUACCUGGGCAAGGAGAUGGUGCAGAACCUCAUGAUUAUCAGGUUCGCCAACCGGAUCUUCGGCCCCGUGUGGAACAGAGAUAACAUAGCUUCCGUCGUGCUGACCUUCAAGGAGCCGUUCGGGACGGAGGGGCGAGGGGGUUACUUCGACGAGUUUGGGAUAAUCCGGGACGUGAUGCAGAACAUGAUGCAGAUGCUCUGCCUGGUCGCCAUGGAGAAGCCGGCCUCCACCAGCUCUGAUGAUGUUCGGGAUGAGAAGGUGAAGGUGCUGAAGAGCGUCCCGGAGAUCCGGAUGGAGAACGUGGUGGUGGGGCAGUACGUGGGGAAUCCCGAGGGGCAGGGCGAGGCGCAGAAGGGAUACCUGGACGACCCGACUGUCCCCAAGGGGUCGACCACGCCCACCUAUGCCGCCGUGGUGCUGUACAUCCAGAACGAGCGGUGGGACGGUGUUCCCUUCGUCAUGCGCUGCGGGAAGGCGCUGAACGAGCGCAAGGCGGAGGUCCGGCUGCAGUUCAAGGACGUGCCGGGCGACAUCUUCCACAGCCAGAGCAAGCGUAACGAGCUGGUGAUCCGCGUCCAGCCCAACGAGGCCAUCUACACCAAGCUGAUGACCAAGAAGCCCGGAAUGUUCUUCAACCCCGAGGAGACCGAGCUCGACCUCACCUACGGCAGCCGUUACAAGGACGUGAAGUUACCAGAUGCUUACGAGCGGCUGAUUCUGGAUGUGUUCUGUGGCAGUCAAAUGCACUUCGUCCGAAGUGACGAGCUUCAGGAAGCCUGGAGAAUAUUCACCCCACUCCUUCACAAGUUGGAGUCUUCCAAAGUCCUGCCUGUACCUUAUGUGUACGGGAGCCGCGGACCCCCAGAAGCCGACGAGCUGAUGAAGAAAGUGGGUUUCCGUUACGAAGGGACCUACAAGUGGGUCAGCCCCCACAGACUGUGAGCCCGGCGGGCGGACAGAGACGGAGAGGGAGGGGUGCGCGGACAGAGACAGCCCUCCUCCCGCUCCCGCCGCCCCCUCCCUCCUGCUCCAUCGCACCUCCCUCCUGCUCCACCGCACCUCCCGGGACCAAUGCAGAGGACUCCUUCCCUCUCGGAUUCAUUCCCAUCGGGAUCGGGAACCUCGGGCUGAGGCUCGAUCCUAACGUCUUCCCCUUCCAACUGUCCGACCAUGCCUGCUUCAUGUUUGCUGCCACAGAUCGUAUGAGAGCUUAAAUUGUCGUUGUCCUGUCAUUUAUUGUUGGGGGGGGGGAGGUGAAAUGUCAUGGAGGGGGUGAGCUGGUGGGUGGGGAGGGAGUGGGGGAGAAGAUCUUCCUUGUUUUCUGUCUCACGAAAUAGAUAUGGUUUGUCUGCGAGAAAAUAUCCGUGGGUAAGUUCUUUCUGCGCCCUCUUGUCCAACACUCUUGGCCCCAGGAUCACUGUCCCGUGUAACAAUCUGGCAAGGAAUGUGUUUGGGGUUCCGGUGGGGGGGCACAAGUCCUGGGAGUGUGUGGUGGGACACUGUGAAGGGAGCUUCACCCUGUGUCUGAGUGUGUGACGGGACGGUGUGGAGGGAGAUUCACCCUGUGUCUGUGAAUGUGAUGGGAUGAUGUGGAGGGAGCUUCACCCUGUGUCUGACCCCGGGAGUGUGUGACGGGACGGUGCGGAGGGAGCCUCACCCUGUGUCUGACCCCGGGAGUGUGUGACGGGACAGUGCGGAGGGAGCUUCACCCUGUGUCUGACCCCGGGAGUGUGUGACGGGACGGUGCGGAGGGAGCUUCACCCUGUGUCUGACCCCGGGAGUGUGUGACGGGACGGUGCGGAGGGAGCUUCACCCUGUGUCGAACCCAUGCGCCGGGAAUGUUGCUUUGACCUCCUGAAUGUUUCCCCAACCCCUCUCCCCCAGCCAGUUCACACUCCAGAGAGACACCCCAAUUUCUCAAACCUCCCGUCUGUGCCGAUGGCUCUGAUGUCACAGGUGUGACGGCUGUCAACGAGUGGCAGAGGGGAUGGGGAGAGGACAGAGUUUGGUCUGUGACCACUUCAAUAACUGCAGUUGUAUGCUUCAAUUUAUUUAGUAAAAACUAACAAUAUGUAUUCUUUCUCAAA